AUGAAGGCUGGGGAGAUACAGCUUCAUCUACAAGACAAAGAAGCGGCAGAAAAAUGCUCUAAAGACAUUGGUAUUACUCUUGAGACUGUAUACGCUACUAUGAAAAAUGAAUUGAAAGAUGCAGACGAAAAACUCAAAUGCUUUGCAGCUUGUGUUUUUAAAGAAAAAGAAAUGUUAAAGGAUGAUGGACCAAUCAACGUUGCAAAAGCAAUCGAAGAUUUACCCGAUGAAAUUAAAGAUGAUGUAAGAGAUGCUAUGAUCAAGACAAUCGAAAAAUGCUCCCAAAAAAGUAAGGCAGUUGUUAUGAAUAUUAAUGAUACAGUAAUGUUAGAGAAGAUUGAAAAUUUGUAA